AUGUUAAGAGUUAAAAUCAUUUCUGAUUUAAGUGGGUCUAAAAUUAUUAGUUGUAGUUAUGGUCAUCGUGAAGUAAAAGAUUGUUUAGACCAAAUAAAUAUAGUUAAAACUUUUGAAUAUUAUCCCGGUGGUACUCAAGAAUCAGAACUUUUACUUCAAGGAAAUAUGAUAGAUAAUUAUCAGAUAUCUAUAUCAUUUAAUUACAGUAGUGGUAAAUCUGCCACUAUCUAUAUAAAUAAUAUAAAUACAGAAUAUGAUGAUUAUAAUUACCGAUUAGGUAAAAUAGAUGGUUUUUCAUCAAUUGAUUUAACAGAUAAU